AUGCAAUCCUCUUCUAUCAUUGCGCUUGUGGGCUUGGCCAUCGCCAACGCUGCUGCCCAGACCACAACUACCUCUUCGCUGCCCACUGCUCUCCCUGCGCUGGUAUCCAACAUUCCUUCUUGCGCGUUGUCGUGCCUUGACGAGAUCAAGGUUGCCAUCGGGUGCAACGUCGGCGACCUCAAGUGCCUCUGCGAGACAGAUGGUGAGCUCAUUGCCAAAAUGAGCAUCUGCAACCUCACUAGCGAGUGCUCCCGGGAUCAGAUCGGCCAAACCAACAAUGUCCUUGACACCAUGUGCAAGAGUGUGCGCGGUUCUGCCGACACCGCCGCGCUGGCCUCGGCCUCCAAUGUUAUGACUGGAGCUGUGGGAAAGGCGACCGCAACGGCCUCUGCGAAGCCCACUGCCACCAACGCCGCCAACCCCUUGGGACAAGGACUGGAGAUGGCGCUGAUUGCCGCUGCCGCUGCCAUUGCUCUGUAA